CGCCUGAGUUCCCUGGGAGGAGAGGCAGGGGUGAGGAGCUGGCUUAGGGAUGCUCCGAUGCCUGGCUUCCCUCUCCAGCUGCGGGAGGGGCCGGAGCUCAGAUGCCUGGGUUCCCUCCCUCUCUCCUCCACCCUUGGAUCCUGGCCCCGCCUCCACUCCCGGGACCCGGGGACACCGGAGCCGCAAGGGCUGGGCGGGGCCGCCGCAGCCGCCAGCACCGGAGCCGGGAGCUGUGGGUUCCUAAGCCACCCCCUAGCCCCUUCACGGACGCCUGGGUCCCCCCGGCAUGGCAGCAGGAGUGGCAGCCUGGCUCCCCCUAGCCCGAGCAGCAGCUGUGGGCUGGCUCCCCCUGGCCCAGCAGCCCCUGCCCCCACCUCCUCCCCUGCCACCAGGCCAUGGCCCCAAUCCCCGGCCCACGGCAGGGCCUGAGCGCCUGGUGCUGAAUGUAAGCGGACGGCGGUUUGAAACGUGGCGGGCCACGCUGGAGCGCUACCCAGACACGCUGCUGGGGGGCGCCGAGCGGGACUUCUUCUAUGAUGAGGAGGCUGGUGAGAUCUUCCUGGACCGUGAUCCUGAGGUCUUCCGCUAUGUACUCAACUUCUACCGCACUGGGCACCUCCACUGCCCCCGACAUGAAUGCAUCCAGGCCUAUGACGAAGAGCUCAGCUUCUAUGGCCUCGCCCCUGAGCUGGUGGGUGACUGCUGCCUGGAAGACUACCGUGACCGCAAGAAGGAGAACCUUGAGCGGCUGGCUGAGGAUGAGGAGGCCGAAGGCCUGGCAGAAGCAGCCUCACAACCCCCAUCGGCAGCUUCUCCACCCCCCUCAGCUCGACAGCGCCUGUGGCGGGCCUUUGAGAACCCCCAUGCCAGCACCACAGCCCUGGUCUUCUACUAUGUCACUGGCUUCUUCAUCGCUGUCUCUGUGGUGGCCAACGUGGUGGAGACCAUCCCCUGCCGUGCCUCAUCUGGCUCUUCCUCCUCCUCCUCCUUUUCCUCUGCUGCUGUGGCCCAGGCAGUGCCUUGUGGAGACCGCUACCCACUGGCUUUCUUCUGCAUGGACACAGCUUGUGUGCUCAUCUUCACGGGCGAGUACCUGCUGCGGUUGUUUGCGGCGCCCAGCCGGUGUCACUUUGCCCGCAGCGUGAUGAGCGUCAUCGAUGUGGUGGCCAUCCUCCCCUACUACAUCAGCUUGGCCGUGCCAGACAACGAGGAUCUGAGUGGGGCCUUUGUGACACUGCGGGUCUUCCGGGUCUUCCGCAUCUUCAAGUUCUCACGCCACAGCCAGGGCCUGCGCAUCCUGGGCUACACGCUGCAGAGCUGUGCCUCUGAGCUGGGCUUCCUGCUCUUCUCGCUUACCAUGGCCAUUGUCAUCUUCGCCACUGUCAUGUUCUAUGCCGAGAAGAGCACACCCAGCACCAACUUCACCAGCAUCCCCGCUGCUUUCUGGUACACCAUUGUCACCAUGACCACACUCGGGUAUGGGGACAUGGUGCCAUCCACCAUUGCAGGGAAGAUCUUCGGCUCCAUCUGCUCACUCUCAGGGGUGCUGGUAAUUGCGCUGCCUGUCCCCGUCAUCGUCUCCAACUUCAGCCGCAUCUAUCACCAGAACCAGCGUGCCGACAAGCGCCGUGCCCAGCAGAAGGUGCGCCUGGCCCGGAUCCGGCUGGCCAAGAGCGGGACGACCAAAGCCUUCCUGCAGUACAAGCAUAGCAACGACCUUGAGGAGCUGGACGGCCACCCCCAGGCCCCUGGGCUACGGACCUGUUCGACUUUCGAGUUGCAGCACCAUCACCUGCUUCACUGCCUGGAGAAGACCACGAACCAUGAGUUUGCAGCAGAGCGGGGGGUGUCGCCAGGGGCACGGUCUGGGAGGAGCCUGUCGCUGUCCUCGAGUGGGGCCCCAUCUCCGGGUGGAUCCUGUUGCCCCCGGCGACCACGUCACCGCCCCCUCCGCCUUGGUUCCACCCCAUCAGGCAGCCGGGCCAUUGCCCAGGAGCUCAGCACCCUGCAGGGCCUCAAGGGGCCGGCUCACAGCCGGUCCAGCUUGAAUGCGACACCAACACCGGAUACCCUGAAGCUGAGCUACGAGGCAGCAGCACUGGCAGCAGCCAUCAUCAGCAUCCCCACACCCCCUGCCAACACCCCUGAUGAGAGCCCCCCCCCGGCAUCCCAGCCCCCUCCCCUGCACAUCUCUUCCCUCUGAGGGGAGUCCCUGAACACCUGGGUUCUUUGCGUCAAGACGCCUGGGUUCCAUUGGCCUGGAUUCCACCUAUCCUGGACACCUGGGUUCUUCACGUCCUGGAUGCCCAGGCCCUACCCAACCCAGAUGCCUGGGUUCUGCUGGUCCCGGAUGCCUAGGUUCUGCCCGUCCCAGGUGUCUGUAUUCUGCCCAGCCUGGACCCUGUUCUGCCUAGCCCAGAUGUCUUGGUUCUUCAUGUCCCAGAUGCCUGGGUUCCGUCCAUCCCAGAUGCCUGUAUUCUACCCAGUCCAGAUGCCUUAGUUCUGCCUUCCUGGAUGCCACGGUCCUGUCUUCUCCAGACACCUGGGAUCCUCCUGUCCUGGACACUUGAGUUCUUCCUGUUCCAGAAGCCAGAGUCCCCGGACACAUGGGUUCGUCCUGCUUAGGGGCAUGUCCUGUACCAAAUGCCUGUGCUUGUAUCCCAAAUGCCUCAGUUCUUCCUGUCCUGGAUACCUGGAUCCCACCUGCUUAGGAGCAUAGCCUGUACCAAACACCUGUGUUCUUCUUGCCUCGGACACCUGGAUCCCUCCAGCUUGGGGUGCCUGAGUUCUUCCUCUCCUGGAUGCCUGGGUUCCUCCCAUCCAGGGAACAGCGUUACCCAGACAUCUGGGUUCUUCUUGUGUGGGGCAGGCAGGAGGUGUGUGCUGCAACCUUAACCCAGAUGUCUGAGUUCCCAUGGGUCUGGAAAGGAAAGGUGGGGGGAGGGGCAUGGCACUCUGCCUCACCUGCUACUCUUUAGUCCAGCCCCCUUCACGAGCAAAGCCAUAUAUCAGGGUCAGCUAUGCAAGCCUGGGGAGGGAGGAACUAUUUCCCAAGGCGCAAGGACAUGGGCCACUCCUGGAGCUCAUUAACCAAAAGCCAUGGGAGCCUGCAGGGAGAAGGGGCCUGGUGCCUGGGUUCUGUCACCAGCUAUGGGAACCUGCAAUGCCUGGAUACUCUCCUUCAGGAUACCCGGGUCCUUUUUCAGGCCCCCCCACACCUGCACACAUCAAGGUGCCCCCAUCUACUAUGCACACAGCAGGACUGUGCAUGUGUCCAUGUUGCCACCAGGGGGGUGCCUCCUUCCCAGCAUGCACUAGGGGGAGAACCCCUCCCCCUCAUAUCCACCUCACCUCACAGGUCAUCCUUCUCCUAGGGGUCAUGACUCCUCCAGAGACCAGAAGCUGAGCUCAGACCAUAAACCGUGACCCCUCCCCCUACUAGUGCAACGGCAGGGGAGGGCAGAGGCCCGAAUCCCUGGGUUCCCUUCCCCAGGUUUCCUGGGGCAUGGGGGUCUAGGGGCCCAGAUGCCUAGGUUCUAGCCUGGCUUAGGGAGGAGUUGGGGCAAGGGUGGGAGGGCAGAGGCCCCAGACACCUGUGUCAAGCCCAGACUGGCUGUGGUAGGGUGGGGGGCAGCACCAAUGGAGGGGAGGGACUGGGACCCUGCCCCCUUCUCAAAAUACUCUAUAGCACAAUGCAGCUGCCUCUGUGGCCACUGGGGGUGGGCAGAGAUUCUGCCCCCACCUGCACCCCUGUCUGGAAUCUGUCCUCAGGCUGGCUGGGAGCUGGAGGCCCAAGGGAGGGGCCUUCUGGAGCCAGAGAGGUCUGGACACCUGGGUCCUUUCUGGACUCGGAAGCCCGGGUUGUUUUUUUUUUUUUGAGUCAGAGGAACCUGGAGGCCUGGGCUCUCUGCCCACUCUGGAAGUGGGGCGGGGGCGCUACAAGCCUGGAGACCUGGGCCCUUUCCCCCCUGCUCAGGAAGGGGAGUCCAACAGGAGUCUCCUCCCUCCUGUAUGCUUGGGUCCUGUCGCCAGCUCCGACAAUGUAAGUUCAACUCAGGUUCCCCUUCGUUUUUUUUUCCUGUUAGACAUUUAAAAAAUAAGGAAAUUCUAUACAUAUAGAGACAGGUAUUAUAUACAGAUACAUAAAAGCCUCGCUCGGGGAGGGGCGGGGCAACGGAUCAUUAACACCUCCAUGCCCGGAGCUGGGGGUGGGGUCAGGAUACGGGGUGCCUUCCCUGCCCCUUGCCAAGGAACGAGGCUUAUGCUGCUGUAGUUUGAGCAAAUAAAUGAACUGGUGACAUGUCACAGCUCAGUCAUUAUUUGCAGGGCAGGGGGUGGGACCUGGGACGCCUGGGUUCUCUGGCAGGGGAGUUGGAGCGGGUAAGAAGUGAAGAAAAGGGGCAGGGCCUGCUUCUAAGUGACAGCCGUCUGAUCCAAUCAGGGGGCCAAUAUGCCCCCCACCUCACCCCCGCGAAUACAAACCCCACAUCUCUGCGCGCUCGCCUUGAAGCCCGGGCAUUGUGUGUCUGAUUGGCAAUUUGCUUCCAUCCAGUCAGAUGAGGACUUGCCCUCUGGUCCAAUCAGAGCGCAGAAUGUUCUUGUCCAACGAAUCACAAACCGGUGUUCUGCCCCUCAGUUAAUCGC